GUCUUAUUGACCGAGUGUUUUAGACUUCUCAAGAAUGAUGGAGGCUGGUCCAGUUCAUUUGCAAAUUCACCUGACCACGCUCAGGCCGUUCGCGCUAUUGCUGCAGAUAUCAGUGAUGAAGAGAAGACGAGAGGCCUGAGGGUUGACAAGACUGCUGAAAAGGAAGGAGACGCAAGUGAUGAGGAGAGAGGCCUGUUCGACUACAUCGUUGAUAAUCUUGCAGCAAAGAAGCAGUAUCGCGAAUGGUACAAAGCUGGACUCAAGCCAGGAACUGUUACGCAAAUGCUGCGCAAGAGAGAAGCUCAAGGGCGUGAAGUUGACUGGGUCGUCGCUGAGGGGUAUCCGGAUUACUACCGGCGAAGGAAGCACAGUUUCCUGUGCUUUUAA